UACAGUCAAGGAGUGAUGGCCGAUUUACGAUGGAGUCAUUUGCGCCUCCAGUUCGAGUGUUUUUGGCGAUAGGUGUUUAGUCUAGUCGAUCUAACUAAUCUUUUCAGACGCGUGGUCUAGUGCUUGUGUUAUCUAGUGUGUGGAUACAACUUUUACUUUGUGAGUAUUCAUUAGAAUCAACUUUGGGCGAAUGUAGAAAAGCUGUGCUAAGCAGAACGUUGUUUCGCAAAGAACCGAAGCCAGCAUAACUAGAACAGUAUGGUGGAGGUGGACCAGUUCAUCGACCUGUGUUACCAGGCCGAUCUUGACACGUCGGAGCACCCGGAACUGUUGGAGCUGGCGCGAGAGCUGGUGCGCGAGGACCCGGACACACGCGCCGCCGCUAUUCAGGAGCUCCGGAACAUGAUCUACGAGCGUGGUGAGUGCUCCCCGCGGCGCAUGGAUGACGCAUUCCUACUCAAGUUCCUGCGCGCGCGCCGCUUCGUCGUACGACGCGCCCACAGACACCUGGUGCGUUACUGUAACUUCCUGGAGCAGUACCCGUACCUGUACCGCGACGUGGACUUCUGGGGACUAAUCAAGGUGAAGAAAGCCUACGAGGCGGCCAUGCUAGACCCACCGGGGGUCGGGCGCUUGUUCAUCGCACGCUUCGGCACAUGGGACCCCGACGACUUCCCGGUGGAGGACUUAGUGCGAGCAGCGAUGGCCUUCAUGGAGGCGGGUCUGCGCACGCCGCGCGCGCAGAUCCUGGGUGGCACCGUCAUCUUCGAUCUAGAGGGCAUCACUAUGAAGCACAUCGCCACGCUUACGCCCACUGUCGCCUACCAGAUCGUUUGUCUCACCGGGUACGCGCUCCCCGGCAUCAUGCACGGCUGCCAUAUUAUCAACUACAACUGGCUGCUCAACACCUUCUUCUUCCUCUUCAAGCGGUUCAUCAGCCGGAAGACCUGGGCCAAGAUCCACUUCCACGGCAGCGACAUGGAGUCUCUUCAGCGACUCGUGCCGCGCGAGUGUCUACCGCCGCGUUAUGGCGGGACCUGCCGACUGCACACAGACUUUGAGACUGGAUUUAAGAAGGUCAAGCAGUACAGAGACGAGGCCUUUGAUCGUGAGAUGAAGGAGUUUGGGUGGUUGAUGAAGGAGUAGGACGUAUUAGGGCAUUUUCAGAAUUAGGGUCCCCCAAUUAGCGCAAGUUGUUAAUAAAAAUUAACUCGCUGUCAGUUUUGUUUUGUGACGACAAUCAAGCAUAAAAUCUAUCUAAAAAUU